AUGUAACAUAAUGAUGACUUUGAUUUUCAAGGUGGCAACUAACCAUAAAUUGAACAAGACUAAAAGGAUAUUAAAAUACAAGAGCUUAAUGAUGAUGAUGAUCCAGUAUUUAUGAUUUUGUUGGAAGAAUCAAAUAUCACUGAUUUAGAAUAUGCUAUACUGCUAGAUGAUUUAUUAUUUUUCAAAAGAGAAGCAAGGCUCUACAAUUAUAUUGCCUACUUAUUCUAAUUGACAGAGAUAGACAAAUAAAAUGCUCCUGAGCAUAUUGGCUAGUUAACUAAGUUAUUGAAAUUGCUCUUUUAGAUUCAUGAGAUUGGAUAACAUUCAGAAUACACUUAAAUAAUAGAAUAACAACAUCCUUUUGGAUUGUUUAUAAAUAGUGAUCUAUCUAUGAUAGAUUUAUUGAAGAAUAUAAUUUUAAAUCAAGAAAUCAAUAAAAAAAAAGAUGAUAUAUUCUUUUAAAUCAGAAUUUAUUUGCCAAGAUUUUUAAUAUUUUCAAUUAAUCCUCCUAAACCAUUUGUAAGUAAAAACUAAAUGAAAUCAUUACAAAACUAGAUCAUUAGUAAAAUCAAUAAUUAAGUAUUUGAAACUAAUAAUGUGACACCAUGUUAAUUAGAUUUGUUGGCCUUUUCUUAUAUUUCUGAUUCCAAGUUAAAUGAUUAAUUGUACAAUGAAAUAAUUUUUCUCCUGAAAUCAACACUUGAUAGUCUUUUGGAAGCCAAUAGUGCAGAACAAGGUUAUAAUCAAAAAAUCAAAAAUCUAUUGGAAUUUUUCUUGGUAUUCACAACAAACGAAAAAAUCUUGUAAUCCUUUCACUAAAUUACUUUUCACACUACCCUCUAUAAUAGUAUCAAAAAUAGUUUUUCUGCCUAUGGAAUUGAUAAUCAACCCAGUUGGUUCUAAGACCCUUUGAUUAUAGACUAUAUGGUAAACUUAAUUACCAGAAUUCUUAGUUCUUAUUAGGAUAAUUAAUAGUUCACUGAUAUAUUGUAUGAGGAUUUCAUAAAUUGUUUGAAACACAAAGAAUUGGAUCUGAUAACCAAAGUGAUCAUACCUAUUUUGAAUAGUCAACAAGCGCCAUUAGUACUUGUAUGCUUCCACCCAAAAGUAAGUGUGUAAGAGAGAAAAUUACAAAGUGAACUUUUUUUAGAAAACUAUUCUAAAAUGAUGGAGGAUAGUUUAAUCGAGUAGAAUGUUCAGUCAUUGGAAAAGAACUAUUAUAAAAAAUUGAAUUACUAUUAUUCUCAAUUGAGAAUGUAGCCAAUUCAUUUUAUUCCAAAAACAGAAACAUUAACAUAAUUGAGAUAAUUAUAUGAUGAAAACAUAAACAUUACAAAUUUGAGAGAGGGUUCAAUUAAUGAUAUAGAGGUGAUUAACCCUGUUACUAAGAUACUUUAUCUUAACAGUAAUUAUUAGAAGUCAUUACUGGUUUCUUUUGGAAAAUCGAUGGGAGGCUUUUUAAGGUUAUUUGAUGAGAUUAAAUUGUAUUUAGGAGAAGAUAAUGUAGAGGUUAAGGAAUUAUUGAAUGAAUUGUAAAUUUUUUGUUAGAUUGAGGAAUUUCAAGAGGAUAUUGUAUAACUUGAGGAAUUCUAAAAAUAUUUAAUUUCAUUAGUUGAAAUGAACAAGAAUAAAGAUAUUACAGAGAUAUAUGAAAAGCUCAAUUCGAUGAUUUAUUAAAAAUUAGAUCAAUUUUUUAAAGAAAAACCAUAUCUAAAAUUCAUAGCUAUAUUGAAAUAUCGAAUCUUUGAGUAGAUAGUGAUUACUGCAGAAAAAUAAUUGAAUUAUAUUAAUAAGAAUUAGAGGAUGGAUUCUGGAAAUCCUAAAGAUGUUGGGAAUGGAAAAGAUUAAUAAUUCUAAUAAUUCAAGUAGAAUUAAAAUUAUAAAAAAGCGAAAUUUGAAAAUAUAUUAAACUGUAUACUUCAAUUAUUAGAUCAGCCAGUUAGCAUAAAAAUACUUUAGCGCAUAUAAUCAUCGGAUGUUAUAAAAUUUGUCAUUAAAUAUUUAUAAAGUAUCAAUUUAACAUCAUCAAAAAGUUAAAAAACACUUGGUCAAAUAGUAAAGUUAAUCUAUUGUUUAGCAUAAAGUGAGAUGACAUUGAAGUUAUUCAUAUCAAAUGAGAAUAUAUGUUUAUUUAGAUAAAUGGAGUCAUUUAAUAAUAAACUAAUAAUGCGUUUAUAAGCAGGCAGUUAUAUAUUAAAUACCCAUAAAGAAUUUAUGUAAUUGUAUCAAUAUGUGGAAGCUAGUUUAUAUGCUGCACGAUUAAUUAAUAUAAAAUUUUUAGAUUUAGACCAUAAACAUAAAGAGGAUGCUAAAUUGAGUAAGCUUUAAUUGUAUAGUACCUUUAUGAAAAUAUUGGCAGUUGGAAAGUGUGAAAUAAAGACUGAUGCGAAAUACUUGUCUAAUAUGAAAGAGUAUUAUCAAUAAACUAAAAGUCGAUCAGAAUAUAAAAUUUAAAAAUUUUUGAAUCAGAUAUCAACUAUUGAAUAGAACAUACCCAUUUAAGCAACUAAUUCCAUAUUCAUAAGACAUGAUAAUGCUAGAAUGGAUUGUAUGAGAAUCGUAAUUUUUGGUGGCAGUGGUACACCUUAUGCGCAUGGAGCAUUCUUGUACGACCUAUAUUUUGGAAAUGAUUAUCCAGUUAGACCUCCAAAGAUUAAAUUGGCAACUCCUCGACACGAUAAAGUAGGAUUUAAUCCCAAUUUAUAUAAUUUUCGAAGAGUUUGGUUAGAUUUACUUGGUACAUGGGAUGAUAGUUGGAACGUUGAUUACUCCACAAUAUUAGAAAAAUUAUUUUCGGUUAAAUCUCUAGUGAUGAGUGAAAAUUUUAUGAUUAAUAAACCGGAAUCUUAGAUGGAAACUCUUAAUGUCGGAUAAGCUAAUAGAGGAUAUUGCAAUUUCAUUAAGAUUAAUAAUAUUAGAUAUGCGAUGAUAGAAUAAUUACAAAAUCCACCCAGAGGAUUUGAAGAAGUAAUAAAGAAGGGUUUCUAUUUGCGUAAGGAAUUGAUAAUGAAGGAGAUUGAAUUAUGGAUAGAAUAGGCCGAUUUGCCAGCAACUUACAAUCAAAUUUAGAAUGAGUAGACUUACAACUUACAACCUUCAUUCUAUAAAUAAGACUUGAUAAAAAUAUAUGAGGAACUGAAAGUGGAAUUAGAGAAGUUGAAGUUCGAUAUUGAAACAGAUUUCCAAGUUAAUCAAAGGAAGAAAGAAAUCAGUUUGAAUUUCGAAACUCCUUAUUCAUAAUAAGAAUAAAAAACUAAAAAACAGAUGCUCAUGCCUUAAGGUUUGAAUAUAAAUGAGAUUGAUGUCAAUUAUAAUGAAAAUGUAUAAUAAAGACAAUUCGAUUUAAAUGAUAAGAAUCUACAAAAUUUGAUGAGUAGAUACAUUGCAGUUGUGGGUCUAGAUGCAGUCAAGAAGCAAAGCGAAUCUACUAUUUUUAUUCACACUUUGAAUGGUUUAGGCAUUGAAAUAGCUAAAAAUUUAAUUUUAUCAGGUGUAAAAAGAUUGAUCCUGUUUGAUUCGGAACUAGCUUAGAUGAGUGAUUUAGGUAGCAACUUUUAUUUAACAGAACAAGAUUUGAAAAAGAGAAGAGAUUUGAGUGUUUUAAAUAAAUUGAGACAUUUAAAUCCAUAUGUCUAAAUAGAUGUUCUCUAAAAUAGUCUGGAUGAAUUGAAUUUGGAUGAAAUUUAAGUAUUUGUCACAUAGGAUCCAGAUAUUGCAAGUAAGGUAUCAACUAAUAAUAAACUUGCAGUUAUUUUGGCAUAAACAAGAAACAUUUUUGCUAGAAUUGUAACAGAUUUUGGAGAUGAAUUUAUAGUGGAAGACAAAGAUGGUGAAUAAUCGUCAGAAGUCAAUAUUGAGAAUAUAUCUAAUAAUGUUGUAACUUUGUUUAAGAAUCAAAAUCAUAAUCUAAGUGAAAAUGACUUAGUAAUUAUUAAAGAGGUCAACUAAGAAUAAGGCAUUGGAGAGAGUUACAAUUAAGUAUUCAAAAUAAAGAAUGUUAAAACAUAAUCAUUUGAAUUAGAAACCAAUAGAGUAUUUAAUAAGUAUGUUAGUCAUGGUAUAGCUUAUCAAUAGAAAUAACCUAUUAGGCUGUAAUUUGAUCGAAUUUAAAAGGCGAUUAGUUCAUUCAAUCAUUAUUGUGAUAAUGUUGGAAUUUUUGAUGGAAUUGAUUUAAUAAAAAGAGAUAUCAUUCAUUUCUGUUUGAAUACUAUUGCAAAAGAUUAAUUGACACAUAAUUGGGACAUCGAAAAAAUCAAAAUGUUUAUAACAUCAAUGAGAUUAUCAGAUCUAAACUAAAAACUAUAUUUUAAAUACAACGAAUGCGUGCUUACUAAAUAUCAAGAAGAGUUGUUACCUUUAUUUACAUUAUUGUCAAUGAAUACAUAAUUCUAGCCAUUAUGCGCAUUAGUAGGUGGAAUGGCAGCAUAAGAAGUUUUGAAAGCCAUAAAUAAAAAAUAUUCUCCAAUCCAUUAAGUUUAUGUCUAAUCAUUUGAAGAUGUACUUCCAUUUAAACUGACAGAAUUCAACUUUGUUUAAGUUAGUCAACCUAACAAUCUUGAAAUUAAUUUAAAAAAAUAUGAAGAAUGCAUGUCGAAAUUAGGAUUCUAAUAGAAUUAAAAUACAAGAUAUACCGAUUUGGCUAACACUAUAGGAAAUAUCAACUAAAUAUUUAAUGCUGAUGUGUUUGUCGUAGGUGCUGGAGCCAUAGGGUGUGAAUUACUUAAGAAUUUUGCAAUGUUAGGUGUUAGUAAAAAUGGGAAAAUAUAUGUAACUGAUCCAGACAUCAUUAAAAACUCAAAUCUAGGUCGUUAAUUCCUUUUUAGAGAAAAGCACAUUAGGAAACCUAAAAGUGUGACAGCAGCUGCCGUUGUCAAAUAUAUGAAUCCAGAUAUCAAUAUAGUAGCAAGAUAAGAUAAAGUAUGCCCAGAAACUCAAGAUAUCUAUCAUACUAACUUUUACAAUUAAAUGAAAUGUAUGACUACUGCAUUGGAUAACGUAUAGACUAGAUUGUUUAUGGAUUCUAAAUGUAUUGAGAAUGGAGUGCCAUUAAUUGAAAGUGGUACUUUUGGAUCAAAAGGACAUGUACAAUCCAUCAUACCUUAUAUAUAAACUGAAAGAUAUGUAAAAAAAUAAGAUCCUGAAGAAAUCAAUGACAUACCAUAUUGCACUUUGAAAAUGUUUCCAGAAUCUAAUAUCCAUUGUUUAGAAUGGGCCCGUGACAAGUUUGAAUAGUACUUCUUUAGAAAACCAUAAGCUUUGUUUUAAUUAAUAUAGGAUCCCUCUCCAUUAUAAUAAACUGUAGAAAUGGCCAUUAAAGUGUUAAACAAAUAUCCUACCUCUUUUUAAGAAUGUGUGAUAAUGGGAAGAUUAAAAUUCCAGAAAUUAUUCAAUCAGGAUAUAAUAACUUUGACGAGUGCUUUUCCAUUAAAUUCUGUAACUGAAGAAGGUCAACCUUUUUGGGCUCCUCCUAAGAGAUCUCCUCAACCCAUUGAAUUUGGUGAAAAAUUUGCAUUUGAAUUUGUUGAAGAUUUUGCUAUAUUAACUGCAUAAAUCUACAAUAUUGCAAUUCCCAAUUAAUAUGAUUUGAAUCUCAUAUUAUAGAAUGUUCAGAUUCACAAGAUGGACAUAAAAUAAAAUAAGAUUCAAUAGAUAAUUGAGAUAUAAGAUAAAAACAAUCAAUUAUAAAAAUAGAUCGUUAUUGAAGUCAAAAAUUAUGACCAACUUAUUUAAGAGGCUAAGUCAUUAUUAAAUAAGGUUUAACCGAAAUUGCCAUAGCCUCAAAAAUUUGAAAAAGAUAAUGACACUAAUCAUCAUGUAUCUUUCAUUAAAAAUGCCACUAAUGCUAGAGCAAUAAAUUAUGGUAUCUAAAGAGUAGAUUGGAUGUGGACCAAAUUAAAAGCAGGAAGAAUUAUUCCAGCCAUGGCAACCACAACAUCGUGUAUUGCAGCCUUACAGACUUUGGAAUUGAUUAAAAUACUACAGAAAUCUACUUAAUAUAGAAAUACAUUCUUAAAUGCUGCCAUUCCAUUUAUGAUGCAGAGUCAACCGGGAAAAGCACAAGAAUUCAAAUUGAAUAAUGGUUUAAGUAUUUCAAUUUGGAAGAAGUUGAAUCUCAACAUUAAGAAAUUGACUGAACCAUUGCAAUACAUAGUGUAUGAAAUUGAAAAGAUGGUAGGAGAAGAGAUAAUUAAUCUCCAAUAAAGGGGAAAAUUGUUCUAUAUGAAAAAGAUGAUACCUAAAGAUGAGAUAAAAAGAUAUGAGUAUAUCAAUUCUCCAAUUAACAAUUGCAUAGAGUUUAUUGAUGGUUUAUCACAAAUAAAUGUGUAAAUAAGUAACAAUAUUUCGUUUUUAGUGCUAAUCACUCUAGUGUGA